AGUAAAAAACGGAAGACGUCUCAGGUGACUAGAAACGAACGGACUUUUCUCUGAUCUCUUUCUCAAGGCAGAUCAGACAAGCACAGAAGCAUGGCUGCUCUCUCUUCCACAGACCACACCAAUCAGGUUCUUGUCCAGGAGACAUCAUGUGUGAGAACUUUCAUACUAAACAGACCCAAGCAACUUAAUGCUCUUUCUUUCGAGAUGGUAUCCCGGUUAUUAGAACUUUUCCUACUCUGCGAAAAUGAUUCUAACGUCAAGUUGAUUAUCUUGAAGAGCAGUGGAAGAGCCUUUUGUGCUGGUGGAGAUGUUGCAGCUGUAGUUAAUGAUAUAAAACAAGGAAACUGGAAAUUGGGCGCAGAGUAUUUCAGAAAGGAAUUCACACUAAACUACGUCAUGGCAACUUUUAGCAAACCCCAGGUUUCAAUUCUCAAUGGAAUUGUCAUGGGAGGUGGAGCGGGUGCUAGUGUACAUGGAAGAUUCCGAGUUGCUACAGAGAAAACGGUUUUUGCUAUGCCUGAAACCUCUUUAGGCCUUUUCCCGGAUGUAGGUGCCUCUUACUUUUUGUCAAGGCUUCCUGGAUUCUUUGGAGAAUAUCUUGGGCUAACUGGUUCUAGGUUGGAUGGUGCCGAAAUGUUUGCAAGUGGCCUAGCUACUCAUUUUGUUCCUUCAGAGAGGUUGUCAUCCUUGGAGGAAGCGCUACGUAAUAGCAAUUCAAGUGACCCAGUAGAUAUCUCCUUAAUUAUAAGUGAGUUUUCGCAAGUACCAAAAUUGAAAGAGAGUAGCCCUUAUAAUCAGAUGAGGAUUAUUAAUCGCUGCUUCUCUAAAAGAACAGUUGAAGAAAUCAUUUUUGCACUUGAGAGUGAAGCUGCAAAUAACCAGGAUGACUGGAUUUCAUCAGCAAUUCAAUCACUGAAGAAAGCAUCACCUACAAGUCUUAGAAUAUCGCUAAGAUCGAUACGGGAAGGGAGGCUGCAAGGUGUUGGUACAUGCCUAACGCGCGAGUUUAGAAUGGUUUGCCAUGUGCUACGUGGAGACUUCUCCAAGGAUUUUGUUGAGGGAUGCAGAGCUAUACUCUUGGACAAGGACAGAAACCCCAAGUGGGAUCCAUCCAAGUUGGAACUGGUCACAGAUGAGAUGGUUCAUCAUUACUUUGACAAGGUGGACGACGGAGAUUGGAGAGAUUUGGAGCUGCCAAGCAGGCCAAGCAUGUCAUCAUUCGCCAUUGCAAAGCUCUAAUCAGUAUUUUGACCAGUAGUAACUGUUAAAUAUGGUGGUAAAUGAAGAAAGUGGGUAAAUAAAGAAUUGUUUGUGAGUGACCCCUCAUGGUAACUUUCAUUGCUGGUAUGUCAAAUACAGCCUUGCACAAAUUGGGUCAUUUUGCAUGGAUGAAUAUGCAGGUCAAUUAAUACAAAUGAGCAAU